AUGCAACCUGGACUUUUUGGUUUUGUUUCAGAGGUGACGGAGCUCACCGGGCUCUUCUUGGAGAAGCCGCCAGAUCAUGUGACCACUGUCGCAGGCAAGGAUUUGAUCCUCAUCGCUAAGGUCGACUCGAGCGCCCUGGUAAAGAAACCCACCAUGAAAUGGAUGAAGGGAAAGUGGCUGGACUUGAGCAGCAAGUCUGGCGCACACAUGCAGUUCAAAGAAACCUACGACAGGAAUACAAAGAUCUACACUUACGAGAUGAUGAUCCACAAAGUGAUCCCGGGAGACGCCGGCGCAUACAGGUGCGAGGUGACGUCCAAGGACAAAUGUGACAGCUCCAGCUUCGGGAUCUCCGUGGAGGCCGCCCAGCAAGACGAGCAUGUGGACAUUUUGUCUGCCUUCAAGAGAACCGAUGCCGGCGAGGACGAGGGUGACCUGGAUUUCAGCGCUCUUCUCAAAGCUGCCAAGAAGAGACCGGAGAAGGUGGAGGAGGAGGUGGACGUAUGGGAAUUGCUGAAGAACGCCCACCCGAGCGAAUAUGAGAAAAUCGCUUUCAAGUACGGCAUUACCGACCUGAGGGGCAUGCUGAGGCGUCUGAAAAAGAUGAAGGUGGAGCCCAAGCACAGCGAGGCUUUCCUGACAAAGCUGGAAUCGUGCUACACGGUGGACAAAGGCAAGAGAAUUGUUCUCAAGUGUGAGGUGAUGGAUCCCAACGCCCAGGUCAAAUGGUUGAAGAAUGGCCAAGAGAUCAAACCCUCUGCCAAGUAUUUGAUGGAGACAAACGGGAACAUCAGAACGCUCACCAUCAACAAGACCACCCUGGCUGACGACGCCGCGUACGAGUGUGUGGUGGGCGAAGACAAGUGUUUCACGGAGGUUUUUGUUAAAGAGCCUCCCGUGACCAUCACCAAGCUUAUGGAUGACUACCACGUGGUGGUAGGGGAAAGAGUGGAGUUUGAGGUGGAGGUGUCCGAGGAGGGCGGCCAUGUAAUGUGGUUCUAUGAGGAUCAGGAAAUUGUAAAAGACAACGCCUCCACAAAAUAUCGCAUCAAGAAAGAUGGGAAGAAGCACACGCUCAUUAUCCAGGAGGCGACGCUGGACGACAUCGGAAUGUACCACGCUUGGACAAAUGGGGGCCAUACCAAGGGAGAGCUGGAGGUGGAAGAAAAACAACUGCAGGUGUUGCAGGACAUUGCUGAUCUAACAGUGAAGGCAAGCGAGCAGGCUUUGUUCAAGUGUGAGGUGUCUGAUGACAAGGUCACCGGCAAGUGGUACAAGGACGGAGUGGAAGUGAUUCCCAGCGAACGCAUCAAAAUGACGCACGAAGGAAGGUUCCACCGUCUGAUCAUUAACGAUGUGAAGCCGGGGGAUGCCGGGGACUACACUUUCGUUCCUGACGGUUACGCUCUGUCGCUUUCGGCCAAGCUCAACUUCCUGGAAAUCAAGAUCGACUAUGUGCCCAGACAGGAUCCUCCGAAGAUCCACCUGGACACCACCGGAAACAUGGUGUCCCGAAACACCAUCAUUUUGGUGGCUGGCAACAAGCUGAGACUGGACGUGCCCAUCACUGGAGAACCGGCACCCAGAGUGGUCUGGUCCAAAGGAGGCCAGCCAAUCACAGAGACGUCGGGGCGCGUGAGGGUGGAGAGCAGGAAGGACUUGAGCUGCUUCAUCAUCGAGGGUGCGGAGCGGGAAGAUGAGGGCAACUACACCAUUGUCGUGACCAACCCCGCCGGAGAAGACAAGGCCGUGCUGAAUGUGAAGGUGGUCGAUGUGCCCGAUGCUCCCGAGCACGUCAAGUGCACGUCCGUGGGAGAGGACUGCGCCACCAUCACCUGGGAGCCUCCCAAAUUCGACGGCGGCGCACAAAUCAAGGGCUAUCUGAUGGAGAGAAAGAAGAAAGGUUCAUCCAGAUGGACAAAGCUCAACUUCGACGUGUACGAAUCGACCACGUACGAGGCCAAGAGGAUGAUCGAAGGCGUCGUGUACGAGAUGCGCGUGUUUGCCGUUAACAGCAUCGGCCUGUCCCCGCCGAGUCUCACCUCCAAGCCCUUCAUGCCUAUCGCUCCGACGGGCGCGCCGAUGCGCCUGACGGUGAACGAUGUGACGGACAGCACGUGCACCCUGAAGUGGCUGGCCCCGGAGAGAAUCGGAGCCGGGGGCCUGGAUGGCUACGUCAUUGAAUACUGCAAAGACGGAGAUACUGACUGGGUGACAGCCAACACAGACCUGUGUGAAAGGCAGACCUUUGUGGUGCGUGGCCUCCCCGUGGGGGAGAAGAUCAACUUCAGGGUGGUGGCCGUGAACAUCGCCGGGCGCAGUCCUCCCGCCGUCAUGUCGCAGCCCGUCACCAUCCGUGAGGUCAUGGAGCAUCCUAAGAUCCGCCUCCCUCGGCACCUUAGGACAAAGUACAUCAGGAAAGUGGGAGAAAAGAUCAACCUGACCAUCCCGUUCCAGGGUAAACCCCGUCCUGUGGCAAGCUGGUUCAAGGACGGAGUACCCGUUGACCCAAAAGUGAUCAAUGUCCGUACCACCGACGUGGACAGCAUCUUCUUCAUCCGCUCGGCGGAACGAGAGCACUCUGGAACGUACGAGCUGGUUCUAAAGAUUGAGAACAUGGAGGACAGGAGGAGUUUCCAACUCAGAGUUGUGGAAAAGCCCGCGCCGCCUCUAAACGUGAGGGUGACCGAUGUGUGGGGCUUCAACGCCGCGCUGGAGUGGGCUCCGCCCACCGACGACGGCAACUGCGAGAUCAGCGGAUACACCAUCCAGAAGGCGGACAUGAAGACGAAGGAAUGGUUCACCGUUUAUGAACACAACAAACGGACGCACUGCACCGUGUCCGACCUCGUCAUGGGCAACGAGUACAUGUUCCGCAUCUACAGCGAGAAUAUGUGCGGCCUGAGCGAGGAGCCUCGCAACAGCAAGAACACGGCCGCCAUCGCCAAGACAGGUCUGCAGCUGAAGCAAGCCCCCUACCAGGAGAAGGACAUGGCCUGCGUCCCCAAGUUCACUCAGCCUCUCGUGGACAGAACUGCGGUGGCCGGGUACAGCACUGCCAUCAGCUGUGCCGUCAGAGGCUUCCCGAAGCCCAAGAUCGUGUGGAUGAAGAACAAGAUGAUCAUCGGCGACGACCCCAAGUACCUGAUGCAGAACAACCAAGGCGUGGUGACCCUCAACAUUCGCAAGCCGAGCACCGUCGACGGAGGCAAAUACACCUGCGUGGCCAUCAACGAGCUGGGCCGAGAUGAGGUGGCGUGCAAGCUGAACAUUCGAGUUGCCGUGGAUCCAAACCAGGUUUAGGAACCGAAGCGCGCGGCGCCAAGUCCGGACGGCGAAUGUCAGAGUUUGCCAUGAAGAAAACAAGCAAAUAAAUCAGCGUGAUUUGUGUGUGCUGGA